AUGCUUCGAAAUUCAUCUUGGCGUCUCGACGAAACCAACCUUGCCAACUUUGGCUCGGAACUAGAACGCGAGCAUAGAAAAGAGCAAGGCUCGCUUGAAGAAGCCUGGAACUACGAAGACUCACCAGUUGGCAAAGAAAUUGGCCUUUGGAUUUGGCGAGUCCAGAACUUUUCAUUAGUCACUGUACCUGAGAAGCAAUAUGGCCAGUUUUACCAAGGUAUUUCGUUAAUUUUUAUUAUGCUUUAUUGGACCACCAAGAAGGAGAACUCGGAUGGACUUAUUCACCAUAUCCACUUUUGGCUCGUCCUGGAUACCCUAGCGACCCAGCAUCGUGAAGUCCAGCGACGUGAAUCGAGACUUUUUAAAAGUUACUUCAAAGCACUACGAUAUCUCCAAGGCGGCUUUGCCAGUGGUUUUAACCACGUGGAGGAGGAGGAAAUCCCCAAGCGUCUCUUGCGUGUACACCGACCCUCUGAACUUGAGGGUACGCGUACCCAGAAUGCCGUCGUCAUUUCCGAGGUUCCUCUCAGCCACGAAAGCUUGCGAUCCAAGGCCGUCUUCAUUCUUGACACUGGCGACAAGAUCUAUCAAUGGCAAGGAAGCGACGAAGGCGAAGUUGUGGACGGUGAUGAGGAUGAAGAAGAGGAAGAAGCAAAGGAACUGGAAGAGAAUUCUGUCAAGAAGCUGUUCGUCUUGAGAAAGUCGCAUGCUUCGCUUGGUCUCAAACUCAAAUUUGAGCUUGUGGCGGAAGACAAGAUCACCAAGGAUAUGUUUGACACCAACCAUGUUUAUAUUUUCGAUGUCGGUCAUCAGGUGUAUGCUUGGUUUGGCCGCGAGGCUGGUCGUCGCGAACGACGUGCUGGCUUGCAGUACGCUCAAGACUAUGUCAAAGAUAUCGAAAGAUCUGCAUUUACACCCAUCUGUAAGAUCGUAGAAGGUGGCGAGGAUGAGCUUUUUGAAUCAUCGUUGGAAGGCUGGCAGGGCUGGUAA